AUGGAUGAAAGAGAAUUUCCACCAAAUGAUCUACAAAUAGACUCAAAGGACAGUCUUCCUGCUAACUAUAGAGUGGAAAGUUUGGCAUCACAUUUGGUUUCUUCAGCUGACGAAAAUGAAAAUCAACUUGACAGUGAUGGGAAUGAGGUUCUGACCGGUAGUAGCAUUGCCAUGGGGCGACAGGAUAGAGGUGAGCAGGACAGCAUCAAUAAUAAUGAGAAUAUGGACAGUGGUGACUGCACCCCAAGCUGUAUGGGAAGUGAGACUGAGAGGAGACCUGUAAAUGUCCAUAUGGAUCCCCAGCUGGAGGAAAAUCCUAUCACAGAAAAACAGCCAAGUGGAAAAAGAAGUCCAAGAAGCAAAAGAAGCUCCAGUAAAAAAUCCAAAGGAGUUCCUCCAGCAGGAACCACAGCAAUCAAGGAGGAAAACACUCUUAUUACAGACACAGAAUCUGUGCAUGCUGAAGGUGCUGUUGAAGCAAAUGAAAACUUUCACCAAAAAGAACAAAACCAAAAGUUGCAGUCUCUUUUCUCUUUGCUCCGUGAAGAGGUUGAGCAGUUGGAUUCAAAGAUACUGCCCCUGUGUCUCCAUCAGAUAGCUGAGACCUAUUUUCAAGAGGAGGAAUAUGAGAAGGCGAUGAAGUUCAUUCAACUUGAACGACUAUAUCAUGAGCAACUGCUUGCAAAUCUUUCUUCCAUACAGGAGCAGUGGGAAAGAAAAUGGAAAACAGCAGUUCCAAGUUCAAUUACAACACUGAGGAAUUCAAGUAAGGAACUAAGUGGUGAAGAGUUGGAAAAGCUUACGAGAGUUUGCUCUUCACAUCAGCAGCCACAAGCACCCAAAAGUAAGCUAAUAGCUGCAGAAAAUACAUGGGAACGUGUUUGUUUGCUUCAGUUAAUGGAAUCAGAAAAUUUGAAGGGAAGAGAAGCUACUGCUUUCAAACCAGGUACUGAAACUUGUCCUGGCGUUGGACCAAAGAAAGAAGAUAAACAGCUGAGCACUAGCUCUCCAGGGGAAAACAAAACUGAGAGAGAGACAGAGGCAGCAAGCCUUUGGGUAGCUGCAGGAAAGGACCACAUGGAGGAGCAGCACUGCAGUGCUGAAUCUACGUUGGAGCCACACACCCAGUCCACAGGGACAGUGGGCAGGCCUUCUUUAGGCUGUUUAUCAUCUGGGGAUGCCAGUAAAGAUAACAGUUUGCAGCUGAGAGAAGGACAGCUCUCUAAGGAUGCAGAACAACUAGAAGGCACAGCUGGGGAGCCUGGAGUGAAACUCCCUCCGCAGCCAAUGGUCGAUGCUUUGGUUUUAACAGAUGCUGAUUAUAUGCCUACUAAUUUGGUUCCUACUGAUAAAGAUGUGCAAACGAAUAGAAAUCUGCUCAGGUCAAAAUAUGCUCCUGGCUCAUCAGAAAUUGCCAGUGGCCAGCUUGGAAAUAGUGAUUUAGAGCAGCAACAGGAACAGCCUGAUGAUGACGAAAAAACUUUGCAGGACAGAACUGCAUCAAGUGUGUGCACUGGGUGCAAUAAAGUGUCUGAGCCUGAGAGUGCUGCCCAUUCACAAGUAUGCAAGGAAGUACAGAGAACUGCAGGACAGGAGCAGAAGAUAAAUAAUGAAGAACAAGAAGAUUUAUUUCUCAGAUUUUUAAAUGGUAACAUAAUAGACACCGAAGAAUCAUUUGCAAACUUAACAAACCAAGAGGACUUGGACACUGUUUCAGAUAUUUCACCUGAACAAGCAUCUUACAACUCUCUGGAAGAUUUAUCACUAGAUGACAGCUUUUCUUCUCUUGAUGAGCUUGCAAGAAGGAUAGAGAUUGCUGAGAUUGCCCCAGCAGAGGGAUUGGUGUCUAUAUUAAAGAAGAGAGAUGACAGGGAAGGAAAAACAAUUGCUCAAGUCCAGCAAAGGCAAACAAAGAGAAGAGUGCGAUUCCAAGAAACAGAAGACACACUGGAUCAAGAUGAAGUAGCUGGUGGCUCCUGUGUUUUGCUGAUCCUGCUGUGCGUAGCAACUGUUUUCCUUAGCAUUGGAGGAACUGCAUUGUACUGCACCUUUGGUGACAUGGAAUCCCCUGUGUGUUCUGAUUUUGCAACCAACAUGGAUUUCUAUUAUACCUACAUAUUGCAACGUAUGGAAGAACUCAAACACUGGAUAGCCUUUUCAUAG